CCAGUCUCUGAGCAAGCGUUCAAGGCGAAGGUUGUGGUUGAGUCUUCCGAGUCGUUUCUUCCAGCCAGAUAGUUCAAAGUACACAAUCAUAAUACAAACAGAAUCAACAGGAUGGGUUUCGUCUUGGCCUGGUUGCCAAGUGAGCAUUAUGUGCGUGACAUCUUCAUAAUUACACUCACAGCGGCUUUUGCAGCCACCUUGCUGAGCAUUCGAUUCUAUUUACGUAUUACUGCAGGCCGUUGCUUCACUGAGACAAAAAUGGAGGGAAAAACUGUGAUUAUUACGGGCGCCAACAGCGGCAUUGGCAAGGAAACAGCCAAGGAUCUGGCUGGACGUGGAGCACGCAUCAUUAUGGCUUGCAGAAACCUCGAAACAGCCAACGCAGUCAAGGAUGAAAUCGUCAAGGAGACCAACAACAACAAGAUUUUGGUCAAGAAACUGGAUUUGGGCUCGCAGAAAUCCGUGCGCGAAUUUGCUGCGGAUAUUGUCAAAACCGAGACCAAGAUUGAUGUGCUCAUACACAACGCGGGCAUGGCUUUGGCCUUCCGUGGCCAGACCAGCGAGGAUGGCGUGGAAUUGACAAUGGCCACCAAUCAUUAUGGUCCCUUCUUGCUGACCCACUUGCUCAUCGAUGUGCUGAAAAAGAGCGCUCCGGCUCGCAUUGUCAUCGUUGCCUCGGAGCUGUAUCGUCUGUCUUCGGUCAAUUUGAACAAACUGAAUCCCAUUGGCACUUUCCCCGCUGCCUAUUUGUACUAUGUGUCCAAGUUUGCCAAUAUUUACUUCGCCCGCGAGUUGGCUAAGCGCUUAGAGGGCACCAAUGUGACGGUUAACUUCUUGCAUCCGGGUAUGAUUGACUCUGGCAUCUGGCGUAAUGUGCCCUUCCCCCUCAACUUGCCCAUGAUGGCCAUAACAAAGGGUUUCUUCAAGACAACCAAAGCUGGUGCACAGACAACCAUUUAUUUGGCGACAUCGGAUGAAGUGGCCAACGUGUCUGGAAAGUAUUUCAUGGACUGCAAAGAGGCCACUUUGAAUGCCGCUGCUCUCGAUGAGGAAAAGGGUCUCAAGCUGUGGGAGGAGUCCGUUAAGAUUGUCAAGCUCACGCCCCAAGAGCCUAAAAUCUAAUAGGUUUAACUAUUAAUGCGUCUUUUAAACUGCUCACUCAAAUAUUUUUCAAAUUAUCCAUAAUCUGGGGGGAGUAUACCUUAUGUCUUAAGUUUUCACGUAAAUAAAACACUCAGUAAGAAAUCAGUUGUGCAU